CAUGAAGCUCGCUGUGAUUCUCGUGCUCACUUGCGUCGUGGCAUCGCAGGCCCAACUGUUCGGUCUGGGAGGGCUCUUCAGAAAUUUCGUGCACGGCGGGGGGUAUGGAAACCAAGCAUACGCAAAUGGCUUGGGCGGACAAUCUAGCCAGGGCUACCAGAAUUCUGGUAUGGGCGGAUAUCACAACAUAGGUGCACACAACAGGAGGAUUAGCAAUAUACAACAGAGCGAAGAUUCUGGGUACCACAACAUGGGCGGCGGUCAAGGGUACAACAACUUAGGGUACGGCGCCAACGGGUACAACGGGUACAACAGAGGCUUGGGCAAUUACGGCAACUCGUAUGGCCAGGGUAUGGAAGGCGAGGGUAUAAUGUAGGACGGGAAUUUGUUGAUGAAAUAAAUGUUUUGUUUUUGUUUGUUAA